AGGCACAGUGUUUGGUACAAAGCGGCGACCUCGGAGCCAAAGAACGUGGUCAUCAUCGUGCAAGCCGGAAGAUCCAUGGGCGACCAGUUUCACUUCGGGGGCGGCGGCGCCGCCAAGACGCGGUGGGACGUCGCGAGGGACACGGUCAACGGAAUUUUGUUGACCCUUGACCAAACCAUUGACCAGGUCAACAUCGUGUCCUACAACUCUCGGGCCGUUCUCCUGGGGGGUGCCAGCCUGAUCACGGCCAGUCCAGAAAAUGUGAAGGCCUUGGUGGCCGCCUUGGAUGACGUAAGCCCUUUGGACGGGACCGACGGG